AUGUCUCUCACCAACCUGCCGUCGCACAUCCUGUCUCUCCUUAUGUGCUACAUCUGCCGCCAAGGUCUAGCGAAGGAAGGCUACCAGCACUUCUGCGGCCAUUUCCGAGAGAGACCAGGCCAACCGUGUGGUGAAUGCAACAAGUGUGAUUUGUACCGCGUGGAAGAUGAGGAGAGGGUUGUCAAGAGGGCAAAGGAAAGGGCCGAGGCUGAAUGGUGGGAGGCCCAGGGUGAGGUCGCCAAGGAGGGACUACAGAAGGAGGUUGGCAAGGAAGACGCUGUUGUGGGCAAGGGCGUGUUGGGCCUGAAGAGGAGCGCUUGGGAAGCGUGGAUUGAGAGCGUUUUGGAUUCCGUACUUGUUUGA